CUCCCUCCCUCUCUCUCGCUCGCACUCUCACUGCUGGGGAUUUUGUGUGUGUUUUGUUGUUGCUGCAAGCAGUGAGCUCAGCUGAUGAGUCAGAGCCAUGCAGUCAUUCCACUCUGCACCCAGCUUCUGCGUUCACAUAGCAAGACUCGGGAGAACACAGUCGCCUUGUAGCUGGAGCCGCUUGUUCCUGGGAUCUGGGGCGGACCCCGUGUUCCUGGACUGAGUCUGGAAAGGGGAGUCCAGGGUAGUCCAGUUCCUGCACCUCCUUGGCUUGUUGUCACUUCCUCAUUUUGUGGAUAUGCUCAGCUCAGCGGUGACUCUGUUUGCUGGAACUUGAUCACAUUCAUCGUUCCCAGGGAGUAAACGGCUCACCAUGCUUUAGAGGGCCGUCUAGCCACUCAAUCAUCUUUCCAAGAAAAUCUGACAAUCGUUUUUCAGUGAAUAUUUGUUUGGUGGACUUUGGAGACCUCUCCUGAUUUGCAUGUGUUUUGAUUACCAUGAAUCUGCAGCCUCAACAGAAGGCUUCAAAUAAAAGGACAGGAAAAAGGAUUACAUUUUUUAGUGAUCAGCCCAGUCACCAUGCCCCCAGCAAGGAGCAGCAGUUGAAGGAACAGCAGUUUUAUGGUUCUGUAGCUCGUCUCCCAGUGUCUCAGGCUUCUGACUUUUCCACAGCUUCCAACAAUAUGUUGAACACUGUUAUGUAUGCUCAGGAGAUCCCUGAAGCCAUGAGGCUCAACCAGCAGCAAGUAGUUGGAAAGUGGAAUGUGGCAGAGCGGGGCGACUCCACGUGGCAAGCUCAACAAGCUGGAAUGUGGCAGAGAAAUACACCCAGCUAUCCUGUUUCCAUGGUACAUUCUUAUUACAGCCAUCAUGAACCAAUAAAAAGGAGCCAAGACAAAGGGGUUGGGGUGUCCCAGGUGGACACCUAUGGAGAUGCAAUACAACAGAUGAUGUCUCAGAAGGCACAGCUUGAACAGCAUACAUUGGCUCGUCAGCAGGCCCAUUUAAACUCCAUUUUGCAGGUUCAGCAACAGCAACAGCAUCAACAACAGCAGCAGCAGCAGCAGCAGCAGCAACAACAACAACAACAACAGCAACAGCAGCAGCAGCAGCAACAACAACAACAGCAGCAACAACUUUCCUUGCAGCCAUUUCAAAUGGCAUUUGGACAUCAGGGUCAGAAACCAUCAUUGCAGGAAAUAUUCCAUGUUUUUCCUGAGGCACAAUCUAAUGUUGCUUAUGCCAGUCAGCAAAAGCAGCAGCCCUCUCUUCCUAAAAUGCAGCUGUUUGAGAACUUCUACCAAGCACAGCAACAGCAGUCGGCUUAUGGUAUGCAGCAAGCUAUCCCUGUGGCACAACCUCACCAAGUGGCCCAACAGAAGAUGCACGCGAUUGGCCAGCCACAACGUGCCCCCACAUCGGAAGAAUACAUGAAGGCUCUUGUUGAGCAGAGCCAGCAGACGGUUAUGCCAAAAACGCAGAUCCCCUUGCCACGUCGCUCUCGUAGGCUUUCCAAAGAGGGUGUGCCACCUUUGCCUACCACAGUAGGUGGACAGUCAAGUGACUCUUACGCUCAGCACCAUUAUGAUCAGACAGUGCAAAAACAACCAGAAGAAAGGUAUAAGCAUAGUUACCAGCCGAUUUCAAGAGAUGCACAGAUACCUAGCCAAGAAAGUCAUUAUGACAAUCACUAUGAGCCCAACAAGGCCAGACUACCUCAGAAUGGUAGUGCAAGGGAUAUUCAGACAAAUGCAGAGCAGAAUUCUGUGGUGCCUAGUCAGCCGGAUGGAGCUGGAGCAGUAACGGUGAUCCAGACAACGCGGCGAAGACGGCGCAUAUCGCAGGAAGCAAAUUUGUUUACCUUGGCACAGAAAGCGGUAGAGAUUGCAACAAACAUGGAGAACACUAAGGAUAGAGAUGCAUCAAAGAAUAAGGAAAACGAAAAUUCAAAGACUAGCACAGACAUUGUUGGUGUGCCAUCUCCUAAGAAGCCUAGGCUGGAAGGAGAGCUGAGACCUCUUGUCAUGCCGGUUUCGGUACCUGUGAAAAUAGAACCUGUACGAGAACUUGGAGAUGAAGAAAGGAUGCAGAGGACUACAGCCUCAGAAAGGGAGUCCUCCAUGCAGUCAGUCAUCGUGACACGACACAGGGCUGGUCAGACAACCAUUCCAGAACCUGUAGUAAAGCCCAAUGAAACCUCCUUGCCUUUGGAUGGGGAGACUGUGUCUCGGAAGCCCAAACAGCGUCCAAGGCCCGAACCCCUCUUCAUCCCUCCCAAGCCCGGAACCUUUGUUGUCCCUGUAUAUACCAACAUAACCUCCUAUCAAAGUCACCUGCGUUCUCCCGUACGGAUGCCAGAGCACUUAAGUGACAAAAACUUUGAGCUGCCCCCUUACACACCACCUCCUAUCCUCAGCCCAGUACGGGAAGGGUCUGGACUUUAUUUCAAUGCCAUCAUGUCUGCCAGCUCGCAUUCAAUGCCCCCGCCAAUCACGCCAAAGAGUAGUACAAGAACUUUGCUAAGAUCCACCAGUGAAGACAUGCCACCUAUUCUCACAGCAAUGGGAGAUGCCACACCAGUAAGCCUUGAACCACGUAUUAAUGUCGGUUCACGCUUCCAGGCAGAGAUUCCUGAGUGCAGAGACAGGAGUUUGGCGUCUGUGGAUAAGUACAAAGCGGACUUGGUGUGGUGUCCCUGGGAGGAUUUGGAGAACAACCAGGUAGAGGAAUUGCUAACAGCAGCAUGUUCCAGCAUCCUACCAGGCGGGGGCACCAAUCAGGAGCUAGCACUUCAUUAUCUUCAUGAGUCAAAGGGAGACAUCUUGGCAGCUCUCACGAAGUUGCUAUUGAAGAGGCCAAGGAGGCACAAAAGUCAUCCCUUGGAAAAUUAUCAUUACUCUGGAUCUGACAAGUGGUCCACUAAUGAGAGAAGACUUUUCAACAAGGGAAUGGCAAUUUAUAAAAAAGAUUUUCUGCUGGUUCAGAAACUGAUUAAAACAAAAACCGUGUCCCAGUGUGUCGAGUUUUACUACACCUACAAAAAGCAGGUGAAAAUAGGACGCAAUGGGAUGUUAAUAUUCGGAGAUGUAGAGGCCGUCACAGAUGAGAAAAACCCCAGAGAAGACUCAGAGAUCGAUAUUAAGAGUUCUCAGCGACUUUCAAUAGCUGUCCCUUCCCAAAGAGAAUCUUCCAAACAGGAGAGCACACAAGACCCUAAUGUGGGGAAGGAGGUAGAGGAGAACACGGUGCAGGUGAAGCAGGAAGAAGAGGAGGAGGAGGUGGACAGAAGGCAACCUGCACCCCUGAUAAAAGUCACACAAACCCUACAAGCCAGUGAAAUAACAACUGACACUUUGAUUCUAAGAAGCCAGGACCAUGAGACAUCUAUAACAUCUAUAACAGAGAAAAACCCCAGGCAAAGGAGCCGAAGUCCACGGGUACAGUUCUCCCCAGAGAACACAAGAAAGCCAACAACUCAAAAACAGCCGCCUGCACAAGAGGGCUCUUUCCCAUGUAAAAAGUGUGGCAGGGUCUUCUUCAAAGUAAAAAGCCGAAGCGCACAUAUGAAGAGCCAUGCAGAGCAGGAGAAAAAAGCUGCAGCCCAAAGGCAAAGCGAAGCUGCUGCAGCGGCGGCGGCAGCAGCAGCGGCGGCACGAGCUGCGUUACAUGCCAGAUCUCGGAGAAUGGAGAGCAGCGACAGCGGGAGCAGCAGCGACAGUAGUUGCGAGAGCAGCAGUGAAAGCAGCGACAGUUCAGACGAUGGAGACAUGUAAGCAGAGCUCCAAGCCAGAACAGUGAGGCUGGACCCUCGCUCUAUUCCCUACACACCCCCACAAAAUGUCUCUUUUCACACUGUCGACAGUUUCUGUAAGGAUCAAAUUCAUGAACGUGUAAAGUGGACUCAGAACUUUUUAUCUUAAAUUAACUAUUUAUUGGGAAAUCCGUAUAUAAUUUACCAAGUGUUUCAGAGAUGAAAGAAUUAUUUUUUAUUUUACACAUGUGCCUGUAAAGACAAGUUACUUAAAGAAGAAGAUAGAACUUUUACACCCCCCCCCCCUUUUUUUUCAAUUCCUUUCCUUUGAAAGGAGGAUUUUUGCUGAGAAGAAACAUUUCUUUUGUGGACCUUAAGUGUGUUUUUUUUUUAUGGCCUCGUUGGGUGAAUUGCAUCAGUUAUUAUUUUCUUGUAAUAUUCACUGUAUUUCGAUGAUGGAUUUUGCACAUUAGUGUGAUGCUAGGAGGUUAUCCAUGUAAUACACACCUUCCCUGGAUCAAG